AGAUAAUCAUUGGUCAUGGUGUGCAGGAUGUCAGAAGAAGCACCAUUCAGACCACGUGAGAAGCUUAUUGAGAAGCAAAAAUAUUUCCAGAAUAUCCCCAAGCAUACCUACUUGAAGGGACCCCUUGAUAAGGUUACGUCCGUGGCCAUACCACUGGCUUUGGCUGCAUCAUCACUUUAUCUGAUUGGACGAGGGAUCUAUAAUAUGUCACAUGGAAUCGGAAAGAAAGAAUGACAUGGGAAUUUCGGACUGAGGAUGUGGGUGUUUUGCCACACAAGCCAAGCAGAACCUUCUUAAUAUGGACAAGUGGUUUUUUUAGCAUUUAUGUUUUUUCUCCUAAUAAAAUUGCUUAGUUGCAGACUUUGACCAUCAUUGGGGGUUUAUAACUUGAAUGAAAGUGUAUUUUUUUUUGUAUGUUUUAUAUAAUCAAUCGAGUGAAUUAGCUCAAA